AUGAUCUUCAUCAUCACCAUCCUCCUCCUCGCCGCCGACUUUUACUACCUCAAGAACAUUGCCGGCCGCCGACUUGUGGGACUGCGGUGGUGGAACGAGGUGGACGUGCAGACGGGCGAUUCGCAGUGGGUCUUUGAGAGCAGCGAGCCCGGCACCAAGACGAUCAACCCGACCGAUAGCCGCUUCUUCUGGCUCGCGCUUUACGUCCAGCCCGUCCUCUGGAUCCUGCUUGCCGUCUUUGCGCUCGUGAGGUUGCAGUUCUUGUGGCUGCCGCUUGUUGUCAUCGCCCUGGUCCUGACCAUCAUGAACGCCAUGGCCUUUUCGAGAUGCGACAAGUUCAGCCACGCGUCCAACCUGGCCGGAAGUGCCCUCUACUCCGGCGGUCUGGCGGGCAGCAUCGCGAGCGGCAUGGUCGGCCGCCUCUUCAACCGCGGUUAA